AAAUUUUGAUUUUUUUUCCCUUGCUGUGCCUCAGUCCAGACCGAGGGACUCUUUCCUCCUCUCUGCUCCUCGUUUCCCACAGAAGCCAGCUAUUUCCCCUCCCCUCCACACCUCGCACUGCUUUAUUGAUUGCUAUAGUAUUAUGACUGCUUCCCAUGGGAACCCGCACCCGGUAUUCUUCCACAACGAUAUCAUAGGCGCAGUAAUCGACUACAUCGCGCAAGUGCACAGGCAUGAUUUAUACUAUUGCUGGUUGCCCAAGGACUUUCGGCCGUUGGUGAACGCAGCAGCAGUGUGCCAGUCAUGGCGUCGACUGGCACUUCCCUUGGUGUUCAAGUCAAUGAUAAUCGAGGUUGAGCGGGUGGCUGUCGAGCAUGGCAGCGGCCAAGUAUCCAGGCCGGUGCAUCGAGAAAAGUGCCUGUCCAACGUUGAGUUCUUGCCGCCAGGCUGUGAGAGCCUAGCGAAGGACCUGGUUCUAAGCUUCGGAGCUGACGUUAUUUCAGGGAACGCGGCCAGGUACUUGGAGGAGAUUGGGGUUAGUGGCCGCAGCUGGCCCGAGAUCAAGCUGCUGAGUAUACACAUUUCCGCAGCGGAACUGGAGGAAGUAGACGAUCUCGAUGAUUUCGACGAGCACGGCGACCCCAGACCGCUGUACAGCGCCGAGCAUGUCAUGCAGCUCGCUAGCUAUGCAUUGAAGCUAGUGCCAAACGUGACCAAUGCUCUUAUCCAGCUAGACUCGCGGCCGUCUGGCGGAAUUGAUCUUGAGGAGGGAUUCGGGCAGCGCCUGCAGGAUAUCAAAAUGCUGACUAUUUGCGAAUCAGUCAUCUACCACAACCGGACAUUGGUCGUGCCGCAGCUCACGUAUCUCGACAUAAACUGCACGCAGCUGGAGUCGGUGCGCUGGCUGGCAGGCGCCAGUGCUGCGACGCUCAAGGUGCUUUUGCUGACUGGUAUUACGCGCGAUCUGUUCUACUCAUCGUUCUUUGAUGUGCCUGAAUCGACGUCGAUGGUGUUUUCCGAUCUCCGUGUGCUUGUGGUCUACAUGGCCAGCCAGAUGGACGAUCCGCACACGCCGCCCUCAUCGCCCGUCUCAGUGCCUAUGUUUUCAUUCCCAAGGCUAAAGACGCUGCUACUCUCGACGCGUGCGUGCCGAUCUGACACGUCCUGGGAAAUGGUUCCCUGGUUUGCAGACUCCCCGCUGCAUGAAGUGUACCUGAUGGGGGCAACAAGGUUUGCCCAGCAGUUCGACUUUGCAAGGUACCCGGAUCUAAGGACAUUUGAUGCGCUGUUGGCGGACCUGACGGAGCAAGAUAGCGUGGAGCUGUCAGCCCGACUGAUGUCGAGCAAAUCAGGCAUCAGGGAACUGGCGCUGCGGACGGCAAGGGGUGGGAUUCCGAUAUCGCUCGACAUAGGCAGCACCAACAUCCACGACCUGUAUCUGACGACGGAGCUGACGGCAGCCAAGCUGCGCAGCAUCGUAGCGCAGCUGCCACGGCUGGUUUUUCUUGGGUGCAACCCUCCGUCAGAGAAAUCGGAUGACAGUGAUGCAAUACUGGGCGCCGAGGCAGUGGCCAUGCAGAUCCCGGCGCACGACUUUUCGCCGAUACAUUCGAGGCUGCAGGAGAUCAAGCUCCACGACCUCAACUGGCAAGGGAGCAUGCGGUACGGCAUGUCGAGGCAGUUUGUGGACCUGGCGGCCACAUUUGCCUGCAUUCCGUCGCUGCUGAAGGUGCGGAUCGGCGUCGAUUUCAUCGAUGGCGGUGUGUUCAUCCGGCGCCUGCUCACCGAGAUGCUGGCCACGGAUGCAACGCCGCACAUGCGUGAGUUGUCUGUAAUAUUUGGUAAGAUCAUCGAGACGCUGUUCGAUCACUAGCUCGGCUCAGCGGUGCUUGCAAAGCGAAAAACGCAAAGGGCUAGAGCGGCUCGGCUCGGCGGUUUCUUGGCUCGCGCUCCUGGUUGUUACGUGGAGCUCGCCUCUUUUGCUUCACAGGCUGCAUAAUUUUCUGUUAUAAUUCAAAUACCUUUCGUUGCA